CGGUGCAACGAAUUACAGCCCUGUGUUGAGUGCAAAGUAUUUAAAUCCGGUAAUUACUCGCCCGUUGAAUGUCGUGACAAAUGCACGUUUGACUACCAAAUCGACCCGUCAUUAGAGAGCCGAGAGGGCGACCGCCGGUGUGUCUACUUUGACAGAGAGGACUGUGCCGUCAGUUUUAACUACGAAUACACGGAUAACAAACUGUAUGUUAGGGUACGGGAGGAGAGGGAGUGCGCGGCGGCGGUCAAUACGACAAUAGUGGUCGGAUCGGUGGCCGGAUCUAUAUUUGUGAUCGGAUUGAUACUGCUAUUGAUCGGACGGCUUAUUAUAUGGUAUAAAGACAAGUUAGAGUGGGAAAAGUUUGAGGCCGAGGCCUCCAACACCAGAAAUGCUAUGGCAAAGUCUGACACCGAGAUGAAUCCAUUAUUUAAGCCAGCGCGAACCAAUCAUGAAAAUCCCAUUUGUGUUGCUUACGGCCGAUCGGUUCCCGAUAAGUACCAAUCGGGUGACGGAGAGGUAGAGUUUGUGACGGGAUCCCCCGGUACUGAAGGCGAACCCGGAUAUGGAGGGCCCGGUUAUGGGGGACCCAGAAAUGUGUUUAAGGAUUGGAUGAAAUUUGUUCAAGGCUUUUUUAAAGAUGGUAAUUGGGAAAAUGGCGGUCCGGCAAACUUCGGCCGAUUUAUCGUGAUAAUCGCAUGGAUUGGUUGUGUUGCCUAUGGUCGAUCGGUUCCCAAUAACUAUCAAUCAGAUGAUGGAGAAGUAGAAUUUGUGACUCCGGACAGUGGAUCUCCCGGUGGCAGACGUUUCCCCGGUUUCGGUGGGAGAGGUUUCCCAGGCUUUGGCGGUCGGGGCGGUGACGGCCCGGGCUCUGGCGGCCCUCGCAAUGUGUUCAGGGGUUGGAUGGACUUUAUUCGCGAUUUCUUUAAAGAUGGUAAUUGGGAAAAUGGUGGCCCUGGUAAUUUUGCCCAAUUUAUCGGUAAAUCGGUCACAAAAUUAGUGGAAAUGUUGACCAGAAAUAGAGAUGAUGAUUGAAAUUCCAGUCCAUAUACUGUAUAACAUAACACCUCAAAACUUAUGAUAUUUAAUAUAAUAAUGAAUGUGUAAAAUAUCUGAUUAUUAUAAUUAUAUUAAAUAAAAUUGUGAAUCAAGUGAACA